AGGCGGUGCUAUAACAUGUACUGAACUGUGGGUGUCAAGGCUGAGUUUGCAUUUAUAUACUAUUAUGCCUGAGAACCCAUUUGCGGUGUUUAAAGCGUAGGCUACAAUAGGCUGCUGUGGGCAGAGAGGGGGGUGGCUUGUGCUCUUUUAAUUUUUCCAGUGGUGUAUUUUUGCUUAUAUCGACAUGCUGGCAGCCUCUCCUCUUGAAGUUCAGUGUUAUCACGUGAUCUCUUUCACUGAGAAGAACAAUGCCACUCGUCCUAUGCCUUUAUACGUUGUGCAGGGCAGUAGGCUAGUUUUGGAGAUGUGAAAAGGAAAAGACCAAGAGGAAAGGCCUGGAAAAUGGAGAACACAUCUGCUCACCCCCAAGAUCUGACACUUGAAGUAGCUGUCUACUCUUCCUUAAGACAGUCCAAGUAUUCUUUUAAGAGAAAUGAUUCCUUCCUAAACAAGAAAAAUCAUAAAGAACAAAUGAAACCUCUCUAAAUGAGUUCUCCAUUGAAAAGAGAGACCCACUGCUUUGCUUUAUAAUGGGCACCACAAAUGAAGAGAUGGUCCCAGUGGAACAGAACUUGAACCCUCUGUGCUUUGAAUGUGGGCAACAGCACUGGACAAGGGAGAACCACUUGUACAAUUAUCAGAACGAUGUGGACGAUGACUUGGUUUGCCAUAUUUGCCUUCAACCCUUGCUACAGCCAUUAGACACCCCUUGUGGUCACACAUUCUGCUACAAGUGCCUACGGAACUUUCUGCAGGAGAAGGAUUUCUGCCCUUUAGAUCGCAAAAGGCUCCACUUUAAGUUGUGCAAAAAAUCCAGCAUCCUUGUUCACAAACUGCUUGACAAGCUCUUUGUGUCAUGUCCCUUUGCUUCAGUAUGUGAUGAGGUAAUGCAACGCUGCGACCUGGAAGCUCACCUCAAAAACAGGUGUCCUGGGGCUUCCCAUCGAAGAGCGGCCUUGGAGAGAAGAAAAACCAGCAAACUGCAGACAGACACUGAGAGUGAAAAUGAGAGCAGUGUGAUCGAUCGCCCAGGUUCCCAGUCUCCGGAUGCAGAGAAUGCCGGGACAGGAACAGCACCAGUGGAGCAGAACAUUUCAUCAGCAACUGUUCCAGUGUGGACAGAUGAAUCUGGCCUUGAUAACCCUGCCUUUGAGGAGAGCACAGGAGCUGACACAAUCCAUCACCCGCCAAGUUUGCCAGAAGGCGAGAUCACAACCAUUGAAAUCCACCGGUCCAAUCCUUAUAUCGAGCUGGGAAUUAGCAUUGUGGGUGGCAAUGAAACACCUUUGAUCAACAUUGUUAUUCAGGAGGUUUAUCGAGAUGGGAUUAUUGCCAGAGAUGGACGGCUCCUUGCAGGAGAUCAAAUACUUCAAGUCAAUAACUUUGAUAUCAGCAAUGUUUCCCACAACCAUGCCAGAGCCAUCCUUUCCCAGCCUUGUGCAGUGCUACACCUUACCGUGCUCCGGGAGAGACGCUUUGGGAGCCGAACUCAUAACCACAGUGACAGCCCUCCCCAACGAGAGGAGAGUUUCCACGUAACCUUGCACAAACGAGAUUCCAAUGAGCAACUUGGCAUUAAGUUGGUGCGCCGAACAGACGAGCCAGGAGUAUUUAUCCUUGACCUUUUAGAAGGAGGCUUGGCUGCUCAAGAUGGCAGACUGUGUAGCAAUGACAAGGUGUUAGCCAUCAAUGGACAUGACCUGAAACAUGGCACACCUGAACUGGCUGCUCAAAUUAUCCAGGCCAGUGGAGAGCGGGUGAGUCUAACCAUUUCCAGGCCUGCCAAGUCACAGAUUGUGAGCAUCCUAAGAGAUGGAGGGACUCACGCAGUCAGCCCGCACCCAUCUCAUCCACUGUACCACAGUAAUAGGCCCAGCCCACAUAGGGACCUCUCACAGUGUGUGACUUGCCAAGAGAAGCACAUCACAGUGAAGAAAGAGCCCCAUGAAUCCCUUGGCAUGACUGUAGCAGGAGGCAGAGGGAGCAAAAGUGGCGAACUGCCCAUCUUCGUGACAAGUGUACAGCCUCAUGGCUGCUUGGCCAGAGAUGGCAGGAUCAAAAGAGGUGAUGUGCUAAUGAAUAUUAAUGGCAUUGAUCUGACCAACUUAAGUCACAGUGAGGCGGUGGCAAUGCUCAAAGCCAGUGCUGCUUCUUCAGUUGUUGCCCUUAAAGCCUUGGAGGUUCAGAUUGCUGAAGAACAGCCCCAGGCAAAUGAUGACCCCCCUAGCACCAUCAGUGAGAAUGAAUAUGAUGCAAGCUGGUCACCAUCUUGGGUGAUGUGGCUGGGACUUCCAAGCUGCCUGCAUAGUUGCCAUGAUGUAGUGCUACGGAGGAGCAAUUUGGCAAGCUGGGGAUUUAGCAUUGUUGGGGGCUAUGAGGAAAAUCACACAAACCAGCCUUUCUUCAUAAAAACGAUUGUUCUGGGAACACCAGCAUAUUUUGAUGGAAGACUGAAAUGUGGCGAUAUGAUUGUUGCAGUCAAUGGACUUUCUACUGUGGGGAUGAGCCAUUCUGCACUGGUUCCUAUGCUGAAGGAGCAAAGGAAUAAAGUAACAUUGACAGUUAUCUGCUGGCCAGGAAGUCUUGUAUAAACUCACAAAGCAACACCACCUGUGUUCAAGCAGCUUCUUUUUUUCUAAAUGGCUGGUUCAAAAACUUCAAGCAAGCUGUAUUUUCUUUUCCUCUGUUCCUUUUCUUUUCUACUACUGAUGCAGCUGGUAAUAAGCUGGGCCAAAAAUGCUACCUUCAUACUUGGGAGGGGUGGGAGGGGAGGGGGGAGUAAGAUUCUCAGCCUCACUGUAUGUAUCCUUCCAUCUUGAAACAGCCAUUUCUAUCAUGUUUCUUGGAUUUCCUUUUUGUUUUUCACACAUUGACACUCAGAACAUCCAUGUGUGCACACACUUGACGGUCUCAGAGUGUCUACAGAAGGUCAUAUUUCUCCAGGAAACUUUAGUGCUUAUUCACAUGUAACUGGCAGGCUAAUAUGCCAGUAUGCUAGAGAACAGCUGUGCCAAUUCCUUAACUGUUAGGCAAUGAUCCAAAUAUAUCAGCAAGAUCUGAGGGGGCAAAGGAAUAGAUGGCAACUGUUCUACAGGACCUUUAAUGUUAAACUACAAACCAGAGUUUGGAAGUGUUAACUUUUUGGAUUCAGACAUUCAGAACCUGCCAGCCAGCAUGCUGACUGAGAGCUUCUGAGAGCGCCAAUCCAAAAAAGGUAUUUUUCCAGGCUCUGCACAAAACACUCAUUAGUAAAGGUGCCUCAUUUGUAAAGUACUUGCUGUUUGCUUGUAGGUUUGCAACCACCAUUGUUUGGGCAAGAAACCUCUGGACAUGUGCUUUAUCACUUUUAAAGUGUGUCCCCAGUGUUACCAUAUGACCCAAGAGUGCUUCUGCAAGUUGUUCUUACAGUCCUUCUAUGUCUCUCACAGGGUGGGCAAUGCCUUAUGUUAUGGCUGCUAAGAAAAAGCUGCAGAAAACAGUCCCAGGUGGCACAUGUUGGACAUCAUAAUUGUACCACAUGAAAAGCAACAUGGCCUGUUCCCCCAGUGUCCACUCCAAUGGCAGUUCUUGCCACUUCCAGAGAAUGCAGUGCAGGUAUUUCCAGGGAUGCAGACAGUAGGGUUAGCAUGGGGUCAUAUUAUGGCUGUUACUCCACAGAAUCAUUUACUCUAGCAGAGUGUGUCAGUGUAUGAGUCUGUUCCUAAUUACAUGCAAUCAGCAGUCCCAUAUUUCAUGGCCAAGCAUGGCAGUAGCUUUGUAAGAGCAGCCUAUGUGUCAUCCAGUUGCAAUUUAGGUAAAUUGUAGUAUAAGUUACACUGGGGUUAUGAGGUCAGGCCCAUUCUAGCCUGUGAGAUCUGCACUGUGACAUGGAUGGUUUCCAUAUCAGAUACACAAAAUACAUCCUACAUGCAUAAUUUCCACUGUCUUUCAGAAAAAAGGUUGUAUAUCCUGUGUGACAAAAGAAAUCUAAAUCCUGUAACCUGAAUAAAUUAUGAAAACUUGCAA